GCGGGUGGCGGCGGACGAGUGGUCGCGGUAGCAGCGGGCGGGCGCACGUGGAGAGUCCCGCUCGUGGCUCACGGCGGCUGGGUCGGCUCGAAAUUUCUCACCACGAUGGAGAGACGAGAGAGUCACGCAUGCGCAUUAAAUGAACUCUGGUUGUGUAUCGCGCGCAGAAAUUUCACUUCGAUAUCGAGGGUCGCGCGCGAUCCGGCCUCUCGACUACUGGGAAAACGUCGCUAGCAAUUCCAUGUGCGCACACGCCGACGCGAGACUGGGGUCUUUUCUUCUUUUUGCGUGCUGCGUAACGUGAGGGAUUGAACUUGCUCGCGCACGGACGCACGCGGAAGUGCGCGAUUAUGGCCGGGAACGACAUCAAGCAAGCUCUCAGAAAGCUGCAAUUUCCUUUUUGCGCCAGUGAAGCUCUACGCAGAAUAGAGAUACUCUGCUGCAGACCUGGCAAGCAGGUCGAUCUACAAAUGGAUCUGAUAUCGGAAUUCGUAUUCGGAGAGCUUGACAAGCGAAAGAGACUUAAAAUGAGUUGGGCGACAGAGGAACUGCAACUGGUGCAGAUUCUGAGUGAAUUCUUCCAGGGUUCGGGUGGUAGUCCCGCGGUGCGCAAUGCCCUCUUCUUAUCACUCUUCCCAGCGGACAAUCCUAGGUACGAGACUCUGGGUAAUUUGGUUUCCUUGGCUAUUACCACAGAAAGGAAAGCGGUCCUCAACGCAACUGGCAUCUGGAUGCAGCAAUUAGGCUCCACCUCGCCGCAGAGCGUCGGCCUGGCGAGGCAUCUGCUCGACGAUUAUCUCGUGCUUACUCCGUGUUCCAUCGAAAGACUGAAGCAACUGUCUGUACUCGUGCCACAUUUCACUGCCAAUUUGCUGACAGCGAUAGGUGAAGUUUACGAGGAUAAAAAUCCACCUGUCGAGUUGCUUCAGCUAGUGGGCGAGUGGAUCGACAAAAAUCCAGACUUAUUAUUGAUCCCUCUGAUGGAUAAUCCAGCAUUACCGACUGGUGGAAUCCCAAUGACACCGAUAACACCUAUAGCUGGCCUGUUGAGAUGGUGUAUAUUGAGUCCUCUACGUAGCAAUAUGUCAGAAACUUUCAGCGACGAUCGGGUACAUACUCAGACUACUCGUCAAAGGGAACCGCAGAUAUUGUACUCAAAGCUCCAACAGUUGCUCAUGGACUCGAUGUCACGUUUGAAGAACAGUGGAAGCAACAAGCAUGCGAUAUCGGCACAACAUCUGGCAUCCACGACUCGUCUAUUGGCGAUGAACGUAUCGGGACAGUGGCGCAAAUUGGCCAUAGAGCGACUCGCGCAAGCCCUCAGCAUGGCUAUGAUGGCAGACUGUAUUUAUGGAAAUAAACAGGAACUACUGGCACACCUACAAUCACUGUCGGAUUCGCAUGGUUUGAUAGAAUGGGUUUGGGAGACUUAUGCGUCCAGAGACAACGUCCUGAGACAAACUUACUAAUUGCUGAUAUACUGCUCAUCAAAGCUCUCUUAUCACACAUUUAUAUUGUUUAAAUCUGUUACAUCGUGAAAGGCGAUACUUGUACACACAGUAUCUAUCUAGAAUGGUUUAAACGUCCGUUUUAAUUUCAAUUCUUGCAGUUUCUUUUUGUCCAACUCGAACUUUUUUCGCAAUUCUGCCAAGUCUGAAAAGAAAGAAAGAGAGAGAGAGAGAGAGAGAAAAAGGGGGCAAGUAGUUGAUCAAUCACCUGUAUGUAUGAAAAAAAAAAAGGAAAAAAAUCUCAUAAUUGACACAAA